GCUCUGCCAUCUUUCCAAAGAGGCUCUUGGUGGAGUUACCGCGAAAUCAACUCUACUGAAGGUGUGGAGAGAGGUUAGAGAAAGAGCCCGAUAUCACAUCCCAUCGGCGCAAUACUCGUCCGGCAGAAGAAGUGUGUAAGUGUCUCUAAUGCCAGGGCCAACAAUGGAAUCUGAAGUGCCAGUGGAGCCACAAUCCCUCAAGAAGCUUAGCUUCAAGUCCCUUAAACGAUCUCUUGACCUCUUUUCCCCUCUCCAUGGUCACUUCCCUCCUCCCGACCCUCAAAGCAAGAAAAUUCGAACGAGCUAUAAGCUAAAUGUUGAGUAUGGAGGGAUAAAAGGCACAGCAGCCCAACCAUCUUCUAAUGCGAAAGUGGCUGCGCAGAAUCAAGCUCAACAAGCUUCUGCACCUUCAAAUGCCCUAUCUCUUCCAGGUCCUGAAAAUACAAGAGACAAGGGAACCGGAAAUGAACUGGCUCUUGGUCCAUCCAUACCAGCGAAGGGCUCGACUGACGGGAAAAGUAGUGCUAUUGUUUCUUCCCACGGUUCAUCUGAAAGAAAUCUGUCAACUGCUGCAAUCAUGGAAAGAAUACCAAGCAGAUGGCCUCGCCCAAUAUGGCGUGCUCCCUGGAAAAAUUACAGGGUUAUCAGUGGCCAUUUGGGAUGGGUGCGAUCCGUUGCGGUGGAUCCUAGCAAUACUUGGUUUUGUACAGGAUCAGCCGAUCGAACUAUCAAGAUAUGGGAUUUAGCAAGUGGAAGACUGAAGCUCACUUUAACAGGGCACAUUGAACAAGUGCGAGGCCUUGCUGUUAGCCACAAACACACAUACAUGUUCUCAGCUGGUGAUGAUAAGCUAGUUAAAUGCUGGGACCUGGAACAAAAUAAGGUGAUCCGCUCCUAUCAUGGCCACCUCAGUGGUGUUUAUUGCUUGGCUCUUCAUCCAACCAUUGACAUCUUGUUCACUGGGGGUCGCGAUUCUGUCUGUCGGGUUUGGGAUAUUCGUAGCAAGAUGCAAAUUCAUGCUCUAUCUGGACAUGAUAACACUGUUUGUUCUGUUUUCACCAGGCCGAUGGAUCCACAGGUUAUAACCGGCUCUCAUGAUAGUACCAUUAAGCUCUGGGACCUUAGAUAUGGUAAGGCAAUGGCAACCCUAACACAUCACAAGAAAUCUGUUCGAGCUAUGGCUCAGCAUCCUUCGGAGGAUUGUUUUGCUUCUGCAUCAGCAGACAACAUAAAGAAAUUCAGCCUUCCAAAAGGAGAAUUUAUGCACAACAUGCUCUCCCAACAGAAAACCAUAGUCAAUGCGAUGGCGGUUAAUGAUGAUGGUGUAAUGGUCACAGGAGGUGACAAUGGAAGCAUGUGGUUUUGGGAUUGGAAAAGCGGUCACAAUUUCCAGCAAGCUCAAACUAUUGUUCAACCUGGGUCGUUGGACAGUGAGGCUGGCAUCUAUGCUCUCACCUAUGACGUAACUGGCUCAAGGCUGAUCAGUUGUGAAGCUGAUAAGACCAUCAAGAUGUGGAAAGAAGAUGAAAAUGCGACCCCAGAAACUCAUCCACUUCACUUUAAGCCUCCAAAAGACAUAAGGCGUUUCUAGUUACAAUUGCAGUUCAGAAAGCGUUUUAGGAAAAACCCUUUGUAAUACAUACGAAUCGAACUUUUUGUUCGGGUCUUUCAGAGCUAGACUGGCCCGAGAAAGGCACCAUUUCAGAGUAGUUGGUGUUGAUUCGUUUGCCUCUUUGUAUUCACCAUUUAUUUUUGUGCUGACCUAGCUGAUCUUUACGGUGAGUUGAGAUUCUAUUGAUGUAUAAAUAGAUACUUUAAAGUAAAUGCAAGGAAAUUAGUGGGUAUUUGUAUGACUGAAGUCGUAUCUGUAAGAAUAUUUUUCGUGAGAAAGUUAUUUUCCGUUGUCUUUU